UCGGUGAUGAGACCAGCAGGUCGUAACUGGCAGCGUAAUGACAGAGCCAUUACACCUUCAAAUUAAGUGAUUUUACCGUGAAAUAAAAACAAGAACAUAGUAGAAACGUUCUGCUAGUAAUUAGUAUGUGUUCUAGUUGUUCUAAGUGACGAUAAUGUUAUCAGUGAAGUAAUCGAACGGGAAUUUGUGUGGCGAUCGAUAAGAGUGCAAACGAAAACACUAAAGUUGAAUGCAAAUAACGCGAAACCCAAUUGCCAAGCCCUAUAAAAAGAGCUUAAAAGAAAACUUUAUGCAGUCUAUCUUAUUGCGUAUUUAAAAUUACGGUAAAGCAAGCAAAUAACUACGCGCCUAAUAAAUAAACUUUCGUAUAAAAUUUUAGCUUCACUACUACAAUUAGAAAUUCACAAGCACCAGCAGCAUUCUAGAAAAAUUGUUAAAUCCUAUUUUCCACCAUAAAUAUGCAAAAUGACUUUCGUCCGCAACAACAUUAACAGCUCGUAUAUAUUGUCAACACUCAGUAGUAUUUCCAGCAAUCAGAACAAAGAACAACGUCAUCAAAAUGUCUGAAACCAUAACCGAGAAACCUUCCACCUACCAAGCUAAGAAUUCGAACCACUGUCUGAGGUCGUAUUUUUAUCCAGCAUUUUUGUACGCAAACAGCUACGACGUAACGGACAACAAAACAAAUGAAAUGUUCCUCCACCAAUGGAAGCCGGAACAAUUUACUAUGGACGAAAAAUAUCAACGCGAAGAUGAACGUUUGAAGACAUUCGACAAUUGGCCACUGGAGUGGCUGAACAAGAGGGAAUUGGCGCAAACUGGUCUAUUCUAUACUGGCGACGAUGACAAAGUGAAAUGUUAUUUCUGCGAAGUUGAGAUCGGUCGUUGGGAACGUGAGGAUCAGCCUGUCAAUGAGCAUUUACGUUUCUCACCCAAUUGCCCAUUACUGAGGCGGCGAACCACCAACAAUGUGGCUCUUAACAGUGAUACACUGAAUCGCGUCCUACCGCCCGUCAGUUAUGAUGUUUGCGGCAAUGAGGGGCUCGAAUCGGAAUUGGAGGCAAGUGAAUCUGCAGCCGUUGGCCGUCCUGAAGAUGGUCUGACGACAGCAACAUCUGGCAUAACUUAUCAAUAUGAUAGCAUAGCGAGUGGUGAUGCGACGACGCAUAACAACUCCGGCGUCAACGACAGGCCAGCCCUAAACGAGGUGAUAUUGUUUCGACCAGAGUACCCUGAGUAUACCAUCGAAGCUGCACGUUUACGUUCGUUUGCCGAAUGGCCACGCAACAUGAAACAACGGCCUGCACAAUUGGCAGACGCUGGCUUCUUCUACACUGGUAUUGGUGAUCGUGUGAAAUGUUUUAGCUGUGGUUGCGGCCUCAAGGAUUGGGACAAUGACGAUGAACCAUGGGAACAACAUGCGCUCUGGUUCCCUAAAUGUCGUUACUUGAAUCUGCUCAAAGACCCAAGCUAUAUUGACAGCGUCGCUGCCAAAUUCAAGGUGAAUAAUGGUAAAAGUGCGGAUAAAGGGCUGAAGUCGUCGGGUCAGCAAUGCUCAACAUCAGACACCACGGUCGCACAGCCUGUGAUGGCUACAAUAUCGACACCGAAAUGUACGACAUCGGCAGAGAAGGAUGAUAUGAAACUCAAAGAGGCAAACAUCCCCGAUGAGAAGCUCUGCAAGAUAUGCUAUGCUGAUGAAUACAACACAGCGUUUUUACCCUGCGGCCAUGUGGUGGCCUGCGCCAAGUGCGCGUCCUCGGUCUCGAAGUGCCCGGUCUGUCGGAAACCUUUUACAAAUGUGAUGCGCGUGUUUUUUCCUUAAUCAGUUAUAAAUACUAUUUAUUAAACAUUAGACUAACCCGCGUUGUAAAUAAUAAGAACGUUAAUGUGCGGUAAUUCGGCCAGUUGUGGUAUGUCCCAAGUAUUGCUGCGCUGCAACUGGCCGAAUAAAAAAUAUAUUUAUGCUUUACUCUUAAAAUAAAUAUAAAACAAGAAAACAAAAA